AUGAAUGAAUGAAUGAAAUUGUUGUUUGCGAUUUUCGAUCAUGGCUUCCGUGGAUUAUUCCGCGAUGGAAAAUUGUUGUUAUUACAUCUUUCUUUAUUGAUAUAAAUUUAACAUUUUCGUGUGGUUAUUCGCGAUCAAUGUGUUGAUUGUUGUGCAUUGAAUUGAAGUAUGAUAACAAAAAUGCAACCUCAAGCAAAUGUCGCUGUGCCCCAAGCCGUCACGACGCAGGCUCAACAAAUCGUCGGUGUGGGCCAACAGAUCCCCGCCAACGCCGUAAUACUGAAAAUGUCUGAUAUUCAACAAAUAUCCACAGUCGGAUUACUAGAGCUGGCCCACCGGGAGUACCAAGCCGGUGACUAUGAGAGCGCGGAGUUGCACUGCAUGCAGCUGUGGCGGCAGGACAGCACCAACACCGGUGUGCUGCUGCUGCUGUCCUCCAUACACUUCCAGUGUCGGAGACUCGACAAGUCCGCUCACUUCUCCACGCUGGCUAUCAAACAGAACCCGCUGUUGGCUGAAGCUUAUAGCAACCUGGGCAACGUCUACAAAGAGCGCGGGCAACUCCAAGAGGCGCUGGAGAACUACCGUCACGCGGUGCGGCUGAAGCCCGACUUCAUCGACGGCUACAUCAACCUGGCGGCGGCGUUGGUCGCGGCCGGGGAUAUGGAGCAAGCCGUCCAGGCGUAUGUCACCGCGCUGCAGUAUAAUCCGGAUUUGUACUGCGUAAGGAGUGACUUGGGAAAUCUUCUAAAGGCUUUGGGCCGUUUGGACGAGGCGAAGGCAUGUUACUUGAAGGCCAUAGAAACGCGGCCGGACUUUGCCGUCGCAUGGAGUAACUUGGGAUGCGUGUUUAACGCACAGAGUGAGAUCUGGUUGGCCAUCCAUCACUUUGAGAAGGCGGUGGCGUUGGACCCCAAUUUCUUGGACGCAUACAUUAAUCUCGGCAACGUCUUGAAGGAAGCUCGGAUUUUCGACAGAGCGGUGGCGGCAUACCUACGGGCGCUUAACCUGUCUCCAAACAACGCAGUGGUCCACGGCAACCUGGCCUGCGUCUACUACGAACAAGGACUCAUCGACCUGGCAGUAGACACUUACAGGAGAGCAAUAGAACUGCAACCCAACUUCCCAGACGCCUAUUGCAACCUGGCAAAUGCCCUCAAAGAGAAAGGCCAAGUGGCCGAUGCAGAGGAGUGCUAUAAUACGGCGCUUCGGCUCUGCCCGUCUCACGCGGACUCGCUCAAUAACCUGGCCAACAUCAAGCGGGAACAAGGGUACAUUGAGGAGGCCACCAGACUGUACCUGAAAGCGUUGGAGGUGUUCCCAGAGUUCGCCGCCGCGCACAGCAAUUUGGCAUCCGUUUUGCAGCAGCAAGGAAAGCUGACAGAAGCCCUCAUGCACUACAAGGAAGCGAUCCGCAUCCAGCCCACAUUCGCGGACGCUUACAGCAACAUGGGCAACACUCUCAAGGAGAUGCAAGACGUAGCGGGAGCCCUACAGUGCUACACCCGCGCCAUACAGAUCAACCCGGCCUUCGCUGACGCUCAUAGCAACCUAGCCAGCAUCCACAAAGACUCCGGCAACAUUCCCGAGGCGAUACAGUCUUACCGAACCGCGCUCAAACUCAAACCAGACUUCCCCGACGCGUAUUGCAACCUCGCGCACUGUCUUCAAAUAGUAUGCGACUGGACCGACUACGAAGCUCGCAUGAAGAAGCUCGUCAGUAUCGUAGCUGAACAGAUAGAGAAGAAUCGGCUCCCGUCAGUGCAUCCACAUCACUCGAUGCUGUAUCCACUGACGCACGAGUUUCGGAAGGCGAUCGCGGCGCGUCACGCGAAUUUGUGCCUCGAGAAGGUGCAAGUACUACACAAGCCCCCGUAUAAAUUCCCGCGGGACUUGCAGUGCCGUUUGCGCAUCGGUUACGUAAGCAGCGACUUUGGGAACCACCCGACGUCUCACCUGAUGCAGUCAGUUCCUGGCCUUCAUGACAGACAGAAGGUAGAAGUCUUCUGCUAUGCUCUCAGCCCGGAUGACGGGACCACAUUCCGUUCUAAAAUAGCUAGAGAAGCGGAACAUUUUAUUGACUUAUCCCAAAUGCCGUGCAACGGGAAGGCGGCUGAUAAGAUCUACGGCGAUGGCAUCCACAUUCUGGUGAACAUGAACGGUUAUACUAAGGGUGCUAGGAAUGAGAUAUUCGCCUUGCGGCCGGCACCCGUGCAGGUUAUGUGGCUGGGCUACCCCGGGACUAGCGGUGCCAGUUACAUGGACUAUCUUGUGACAGACGCUGUGACGUCACCAGUUGAACUAGCCAGCCAGUACAGCGAGAAGCUAGCCUACAUGCCCCACACAUACUUCGUGGGUGAUCACAGACAAAUGUUCCCGCAUUUGUCAGAACGACUGAUUGUCAGUGACAAAAUCAAAGGACACAACAGUCUGGGCGGCCUAGCGGACAAUGUGGCUGUUAUAAACGCGACGGAUUUGUCGCCGCUGGUUGAGAAUACUGAUAUAAAGGAGAUCAAGGAGAUAGUGCGCGCGGCGCGUCCGCUCGAGAUAUCACUGAAGGUGGCGGAGCUACCGACCACCACGCCUAUUGAAAACAUGAUCGCUUCCGGACAAGUUCAGACCACAGUAAACGGCGUGAUCCUCCAGAACGGCUUAGCAACAACACAAACGAACAACAAAGCGGCAACCGGCGAAGAAGUGCCCCAAUCCAUAGUCAUUACCACGCGACAGCAAUACGGCUUGCCUGACGAUGCAGUCGUGUACUGCAACUUCAACCAGCUCUACAAGAUCGACCCCCUGACGCUGCACAUGUGGGUGUAUAUUCUGAAGCACGUGCCGAACAGUGUUUUAUGGCUGCUGAGGUUCCCGGCUGUCGGGGAGCCGAAUCUACAGGCUACUGCUCAUUCGUUAGGUCUCCCCCCCGGCCGCAUAAUCUUCUCCAACGUGGCAGCUAAAGAAGAGCACGUGAGGCGCGGGCAGCUCGCGGACGUGUGUCUCGACACGCCGCUCUGUAAUGGACAUACGACCAGCAUGGACAUACUGUGGACCGGCACGCCAGUUGUGACCCUGCCCGGGGAGACGCUCGCUUCUAGGGUGGCCGCUUCUCAACUAAACACACUCGGCUGUCCGGAACUCAUUGCGAGGACAAGACAAGAAUAUCAAGACAUAGCUGUAAGACUCGGGACUGAUAGAGAAUACUUGAAAGGCAUCCGCGCGAAAGUGUGGACAGCACGUAUGGAGAGCCCCCUGUUCGACUGCAAGGCGUACGCCACCGGCCUCGAGAUGCUCUACAACAAGAUGUGGCAGAAGUACGCGAGGGGCGAGCGGCCCGACCACCUGCAGGCCAUCGACAAGUAGACCAGUGCGGCCCCACCCUUACAGUGCUAGACUACUCAGAACAGUGAUGUGAGUGAACUGUUGUUUAUGGAUUAGAUAUGAAUUAGAAGUGAUAUUUUUUAAAUGAUGUGCGUAUUUAAUUAUGUAUGAUUCUAUUUUGUCUGUGAUGAUGAUGAUUAUGUCCGCCACUUUAUGAUUUGUGGGUAUUGAGUAUAGCAGUGAUGUUUUCGACUUGUAAUAGUUAAGUUGGAAAGAGCUAUUGAAUAACGGUUGUCGGUAUAAGUGCAUUGCUACUGCAGUAUCCGGUACAUUGGGUAUAGGAUCGUAUGUCGGUAUGGGUUUUCAAUGUGACUCGAAAUUCUCGUGACAAUAUUCUAAUAUUAUGUAGCUUGGUGUAAAUUUUGUUUCUAGUCAAUAGCUUGCAUCUUUCCGACAUCCCCAAGUUGAAAUAUAGUUUAAAUAAUUAAAGCAAUAACUAAUAGUGUCUAGUGAAGUGGCCUUUUAACAAAUUAAUGUGUUACUACUAGGUAUUAAGAGUUGUUUUGCCUCACAGUAAUGAGAAGGAAAUUCUUUUUAUCUAGCCUCAGGAAUAUAAUAAGUAAAUUAAUGCAUAAAGCUAUUGUCAAACAAUAUCUAACAACCAUUCGGCAGCCAUUUUGUACAUAAACAUACGUAAUUAAUUUUGAAAAAGUCGUAAAGAAGCUAGAUUAGAAACAGACCGCCGCGUCUUUCUGACGUUAGUUCGUUUAGAUAACAUAGCAAACGAGUAUUCUACAAAUAAAGUAAUGUGUAUAACUAUAGCCAAAUAUGCCGAGAUAAUCUAACGUAUGGUAUUCGUGGACAACCAGUGACAAAUAAAUAAUAUUGAAAUAAAAUAAUUUAAAGUUUAUAGUAUACGUUACUUUGGCAGUUUAUGGUGGCUAAAUAUGAAACCCAUCGAUUUGCUAAUGGAUUAGCUUAUGUUAGAAAUAAGUUUGGCUUCAAAGUUUUAGAUUCAUCGAAUUAUUUUGUAAAUACCUAGUAAAACUUUGAAGUUGGUGUAAAUAAUGAUUUGUUUAAUGAAAUUUUUGAUAUGAUUUCUUUAAUGUGGAGAAAUUGAGUGUCGGUGUUGCUUUAUACGAAAUACAACAUUUCCUAAUUUAGUUACAGUAAUUUAAAAAUAUACCUACUUAUUUAUAAAUGCAAUGGGUAAAUUAAAUAAUUAAAAAUUGCCAUAUUGAGAGAGGAAACAUGAAAUAAAGUUAAAUUACCGUUAACUUAUUCGUUUAUUCUAACUUAUUGUAGAAGAGGUUCUAUGUUUUCUCUUUCAAGUAUCAAUUGACACCAUUAUCACUCGAUAAGUGUGUGACUUCGAAUUCACUUCAACAUGCAUUGACUUUUUAAACUUAGUUACUGAAGCUCUUUGUAAAUAUACGCUUUACGAGUUAGGUAAUAAUGGUUAAUAAACAUGAAAAAUCUAA